CUCUGUCAGUCUUCCCACUCUCUCUGUCUCACGCUGGAUAAGAUAUCAUAGAGACACAGCAGACGUGGCGAGGGCCCGUUCUGGUUAAUUUGUCACCACCCGAUAAUCAAUCAAUCGAUCCCCACAGCUGAUCUGCUCUGCUCUCCUCCGAGCGCGUGAAGGAGCCAUGGACCCUCUGCCUUCUCCGCCGCAGCUCAGUGUCCUGGAGAGCGCCGUCGUAGCGCCCCCGCCGGCGCCGGAGACCUCCCUCCCCCUUACCUUCUUCGACGUCUACUGGCUCAACUCCCCGCCGGUGGAACGCGUCUUCCUCUACCGCCUCACCCCCGACACCACCGGCAACGACCUUGUCCCAUCCGCCAUCAUCUCCAGCCUCAGGUCCUCGCUCUCCCAAGCCCUCCGUGCCUACUUCCCGCUGGCCGGCCGCCUCCGCCUCACGCCCGGCACGGCCGACCGCUACGAGCUCCACUACCAGCCCGGCGACGGCGUCGCCUUCACCGUCGCCGGGUACGCCGUCGACGUCGACGAGCUGGCCGCCGACGGGCCGAGGGAGGUCGCCAGGAUCUUGUCGCUCGUGCCGCCUCUCUCGACGGGGGUUGGCCCGGUGCUCGCCCUGCAGGCCACCGUGCUCCGCGGCGGCCUCGCCAUCGGCAUCUCCCUCCACCAUGCCGCCUGCGAUGGCGCCUCCUCCACGCGCUUCCUCCACACCUGGGCCGCCGCAAGCAGCGGCGCCGCCGCGCCUCCUCCCCCUGUGGUCGACAGAAGCCUCGUUACCAAGGACCCCAGUUUCAGCCACAUCUACGACAUCUACGUCGGAGAUCUCACGAGCACCGAGGAGAUGGAGUACGUCGAGAUGUCCAGCGACAAGCUGCUCGCCACCUUCACGCUCUCCAGGGAGGACAUCCAGCGCGUUAAGGACGUCGUCUUCUCCGCGGCCGGUGACGCGGGCGCGCCGCCGCCGCGAUGCUCCUCGCUCGUCGCCACCUUCGGCUUCAUCUGGUCCUGCUACCAGCGCGCUAAAGACGACGCCGAAGCAAGCAGCGGCGACCCGACCUACAUCCUCUUCUCCGUCGACCACCGCUCGCGGAUAAAGCCUGAUCCCGUCCCGGACGAGUACCUCGGCAACUGCAUCGGCGCCGCCCAGCACGCCGCGCCCAAGAAC